UUAGGAGCAACAGCAAAAACAUGGCGGCUGUUCUCUUUCGAAAAAGCAGACGGAUAGCGUCAAAACUGAGAUUUGAAAAUGUUUCUAAGGUGCUGGGCGUUUCUGGAGUUAAUCAUCAAGACAGACGUCACUUGUCCCUUCAUGAAUACCUAAGUUUUGGACUUCUGAAAGAGGCGAAAGUGCCAAUUCCCAGGUACAAGGUCUGUGACCAUACAGAGGAAGUGGAAAAAGCCGCCAUGGAUUUGUUGGAACAUACUGGAUCACCUGAUGUGGUCAUAAAGGCACAAGUACUCAGUGGAGGACGGGGUAAAGGUCAUUUCACCAGUGGUCUCAAAGGAGGAGUUAAAAUAUGUUUCUCAGCAGAGGAGGCAUCAGAUAUUGCAUCCAAGAUGCUUGGUUCUAAACUUAUCACUAAACAAGCUCCCAUGGGUAGGAUCUGCAAUCAAGUCAUGCUGUCAGAAAGACUGUACUCCAGGAGAGAGUUUUACUUUGCCAUUGCCAUGGAAAGGUCGUUUAUGGGACCUGUCAUGGUAGGAAGUUCACAAGGAGGAAUGAGUAUUGAGGAUGUGGCACAGGAAAACCCCUCAGCCAUCCUUAAAGAACCGGUGGACAUAUUUGCAGGAUUAACGAGACAGCAAGCAGUCAGCAUGGCCGGUGAAUUGGGCUUCAGUCCAGCAUGUAUAGAUCAGGCAGCAGAUAUAUUUUUGACACUCUACCAUGAUAUUUUCAUCAAGUAUGAUGCAACUCUGAUAGAAAUUAAUCCAAUGUCAGAAUCUAAUGAUGGCACAGUUUACUGCAUGGACUGUAAAAUCAACAUAGAUGACAACUCAUCCUUUAGACAAAAACAGAUUUUCCAACUCCGUGAUUGGUCACAAGAAGACCCCCGGGAGCAGAGAGCAGCCCAGGCUGACCUAAAUUACAUUGGCUUGGAUGGAAACAUUGGUUGUCUAGUAAACGGGGCUGGACUUGCCAUGGCCACUAUGGACAUUAUCAAAUUACAUGGUGGAAGUCCAGCCAACUUCCUUGAUGUGGGGGGUGGAGCUACAGCCAAACAAGUCAUGGAGGCAUUCAGACUCAUUACAUCAGAUCCUAAUGUACAAGCAAUUUUGGUAAAUAUUUUUGGAGGCAUAAUGCGCUGUGAUAUUAUAGCUCAAGGCAUCAUUGCUGCUGCAGAGGAGCUUCAUCUAAAAAUACCAAUCAUGGUGCGACUUCAAGGAACAAAGGUAGAAGAUGCCAAAGCACUGAUGGCGGCCAGUGAUUUAAAGAUAAUGGCUGAUGAUAACUUAGACGCUGCCGCUGCUACUGUGGUUCGACUGGCUAGGAUCGUUGGUCUUGCAAAAGAAGCUAACAUUGGUGUGAACUUUGAAUUGCCCCUUUAGAAUUACCUCGUUUCAGCUUUUUAAGUUGCUUUUAUGUAUGGGAGAAAACAUGAUUAAUGAACUACUGAUCCAAGAUUUAUAUCUUACAUGACACGUACACACAGGCUGGUAGGUGAUGCGUGUAGAAUUACAUUUUGCUUGGAAACUGAUAUUUAAACAGUCAUAAUAAGUUUUGGUUGAAAGUUAUAAUAAUACAGAAUCUCUGCUUUCUGAAAGCAUUAUUUGAAAUGUAAAUUAGAAUUUGUCAUACAAAUGAACAAUAUUUAUGAUUCACCUUAAAUCAUUUUGUCAAGAUUUUUUUUUAUCAAGUUUAUUUAAAAAAUAAAGACAUGCAAACCAGGCUUAAAUUGCAGUCUUUUGAAUUAGAACACACCACUUGUUGCAUGCUGCAGUCAUUCUUCUGAAGUUAAUGUGAUCUCCAAAGAACUUCAUAGGACAUGUUUUUGUUAUUUAUUAAUGUAUGCAAUGAUUUAUCUUGAAAUGUGUUGCAUAUUUUAUAUGAUAAGUUUAUGUAAUAAUAAAAUAACAUAACUUUAAA